AUAAAACCGAGAGCAACUGGCCAAUGUGCAUCAGUUGUGGUCAGCAGCAAAAACAAGUGAAUCAUCUCGGUGCAGUAAAAGGCCCAAAUAGCCCAUCUCUCUAUCUUUUGCGAAGUGAACAAGUGAACAAAAAUCCAACAAAACCAAGAUGCCUUGCCCAUGCGGAAGUGGUUGCAAAUGCGCCUCCCAGACGACCAAGGGAUCCUGCAACUGCGGAUCUGACUGCAAGUGCGGCGGCGAGAAGAAAUCCGCCUGCAGCUGCUCCAAGUGAGAUUCUCGGAGGAGAAGAUCUGGAGAAGACGGCGACCCCUUAUCUCCGAACUGAUUUCUUUAUAUUUUUACCUGCAAACACUAUGUUUUCUCAUUUUCCCUCCACACAAUGUCCAAUUAAAGUAAUUGAACUCUA